AGGGAGUUCGCGACGCACGCAACAAGGAAUAGUAGAAUCUGCGACGAACGUCGCGAGUUCUCCGGCGCAUUUGGCAUAUAGUACUUAUAACAACGAGACUAUGCGACGCUAGCUAGGUGUCCCGCCAUGGCGAUCUCCGGCCUUCCUUCAGCCCGUGGUGUAAAGUACGAUCGAGCGUAGAGCCGUUGACGUCUGCACGAGGAUUUCCGUCCCCACCAUAUACAGAUACCGCUCGCGAAGAGACCUUCAUCACAUACACUAAACCUCUUCAAGAGAGGAAAUACUAGUACAACCUUAUUGACCUCACCCAGCCAUGUCCAAGUCAAUCCAGUCCAAUCACAUCAUCAUCAACGCGUCCGUCGACGUCGCGCCCGGCGUCGCCGUAGAUGAUCAUCGGCGCACGCUCGUCGGCGUCGUCCUCAACCUCUUCCAGGGCAAACCUAGUCUCCACAAGAUGGACUUCUUCGCCGAGGACGCCGUCUACGAGAACCCCGUAGCGAAGAGCGUCGGCAGGACGUCGAUAGCAGGGCAGUUCUACGGCCUCCCCGAGCUCUUCCGCUCGUCCGUGACCAAGUCCGCGCAGAUCACCGCCUCCGACGCGCACACGACGUCCUUCCGCGUCCUGCACGAGUUCACGCCCAAGCUCGUCCCGAAGACGGUCUCGUUCGACACCGUCAUGACGAUCACCGUCGACGCCGCGGGCAAGAUCACGCACUGGCGGGACCGCCCGAGCGCGGGGAUCCCGGAUGGCGGGUCCGGCCUGGUGGAGUGGCUGCGGACGAAGCAGAGCGAGCUGACGAAGGCAGUGUUGAGCCUGCCGAACGACGACGAGGAGGAUCUGGAGCGAUAG